AUGUUCCUGUUAAUAUUGCUGUGGACGUUGGUAUUUCUAUUUUGGAUGUGGUUAAAAAGAGAUACAAAUAAAGAUGAACCACCAACAUUGGUUAAUUUAGACUGGAGAAAAAUACAUCGUAUUACAGCCGAUACUGAGGGCUUCUGGAAUCUUAUAAAAGAGAUGAGCCGAGAGUGUCAAAAACUAGAUGGAGUUAUGAAAGUGCCAUUAGGUCCUCGAACCAUAUACGUUCUAACAGACCCUGAAGAUUGUUUGACUGUGUCAAAUGCGUGCUUACAUAAGGAUCGUGUUUAUGACUUCGCAAAAAACUGGAUUGGAAAUGGUCUCAUCACUGCGUCUUUGCCUAUUUGGAAAAUACAUCGAAAAGUAUUAGAUCCACUCUUCAGUGCUCGUCUAUUGAAUAACUUUAUGGAGGUAUUCAACAGUCUUUCGCGUGUCCUUAUCAAAAAUCUAGAAGUAGAAGUUGAGAAAGGACCCUUUGAUCCCUAUGUUUACUCAAGACGGCACGCUUUGGAAUUAAUAUGUAUGAUUUCUUUUGGAACGAAAUUAAUGGACAACAUUGAAUGCAAAAAUAAAUACAUGGAGAAGGUAGAAAAGAUAACGAAUGUUUAUAUAUCUAGAGUACAGGUUAUUUUGUUACAUAGUAAUUUUUUGUACAGUUUUUCAAGUUUAAAGAAGAAAGAAGACGAAUAUAUUGAGACACUGAGUAAUAUUACAAGCACAACAGUGUAA